AUGGAAUCACAAGAUCAAGUCUACACUCCACCACCUAAACCAACCUUUGAUCAAUACAUCCAACUAUCACAGUAUGAAAUUGAACAACACAAAAAUCCAGUUUGUGUGCCACUUUUAGCAGCACACGGAUUUUUCAAAACAUUUUUCGUUCUCGACAAGUACUUUGAAAGCUUUUCAGAGAAUCCGAAAAAAUUGCACUUUCUCUUUUGUUGCCAUUCGAAAUCAUUAUAUUCAGUCAUGAGGGAAAAAUUAGAUUCUGCUGAUGAAAAUCUUGAUGAAAAUCAAGUAAUAGAGCUGAGAGUGAAUUUGGAGAGAAUGAAACAAUUUUUACAAUUCAUGUACAGAGCCGAUGUGGAAUGUGAAAGAGGGAGUGAUAUUGUGGAGAAAUUGAAAUUUGAACAAAAUGUCGAUUCAUUCGAAAGCGAUGAUGAACUCAUGCAAUUUGUUUUCGAACAUGGACUCGAACUUUUUGAUUCAGAACGAACCAAACUCAAACAAGUUCUCUUGGAUGUCAUUCAACAUUACACUGUUGUUCAUCGAUCAUUGAAUUAUCGAUUCGAUUUUGAAAUCUUGUUGGGAUUUUUCAGAUUGAUAUUCGAAAGGAAUGGUUAUAUUGCUCCAGCUAGAUCAGAUCCUGGUCAAGCUGCUCAGGAUGCUGUAGGCGAAACUGAUUUGUAUAAUGAAUUGCUUGUGGAAUGUGGAUUGACACUAUAA